AUGUGGUUCGGGUCUCCACUUCCGCAGGCUUUCUGUUUGAAAGUUGCACGAGUGCGCGGCCUCAGCUCUAACGAGGCUGCGACGUACGUGAGGCGCCUUAGCACGGUAUCGUGCACGGCUUUCUGUUUGAAAGUUGCACGAGUGCGCGGCCUCAGCUCUAACGGGGCUGCGACGUACGUGAGGCGCCUUAGCACGGUAUCGUGCACGGCUUUCUGUUUGAAAGUUGCACGAGUGCGCGGCCUCAGCUCUAACGAGGCUGCGACGUACGUGAGGCGCCUUAGCACGGUAUCGUGCACGGCUUUCUGUUUGAAAGUUGCACGAGUGCGCGGCCUCAGCUCUAACGAGGCUGCGACGUACGUGAGGCGCCUUAGCACGGUAUCGUGCACGGCUUUCUGUUUGAAAGUUGCACGAGUGCGCGGCCUCAGCUCUAACGAGGCUGCGACGUACGUGAGGCGCCUUAGCACGGUAUCGUGCACGGUGGUUUUCAUCAUGGUGUUCGAUGUUGCUGCCGCAAUAGGGAAGCGACGCUCUGCUGGGGUAACUGGUCCUGUCGAGUUCUGGUACGACCCUCCGGUAUCUGCUCCUGAUGCUGACAUCGCUCCCUCCUUCGCCUUUCUCCGUUUCUAA